AUGGCUUCUGCCAGUGAGAUCGAAAACCCCGACCAGCUUGUUACCUCCGAAAACCCGGAACACCCUGCCAACCUCAUCCCUUCUCUCUGCGCAAAAUUCUGGCAUCUCGGUUGGGUGACGGGUACUGGUGGUGGUGCCUCUAUUCGUGAUGGCGACCUCGUCUACAUCGCCCCCUCGGGCGUCCAGAAGGAACUCAUGAAGGCCCAGGACAUCUACGUCCUCUCCCUCGCGGCCCAGGAAGCCUCGCUCAAGAACCGCGUCUACCUCCGCUCCCCGCCCUCCUACAAGCCCUCGCAGUGCACCCCGCUCUUCCUCGCCGCCUUCACCCGCCGCGGCGCCGGCUGCUGCAUCCACACCCACUCCCACUGGGCCGUCCUCGUCACGCUCAUCCUCGAGGGCCGCGGCCCGGGCAACGACAAGCUCUUCGAGAUCAACAACAUUGAGCAGAUCAAGGGCUUCGGCAAGGGCUUCCACAAGCAGGGCAACCUCGGCUACCACGACACGCUCCGCAUCCCCGUCAUCGAGAACACGGCCCAUGAGGAGGACCUGACCGAGUUCCUCGAGGAGGCCAUGGACAAGUACCCCGACACCUACGCCGUGCUCGUCCGCAGGCAUGGCGUCUACGUCUGGGGCGACAACGUCCACAAGGCCAAGACCCAGUGCGAGAGCUUGGAUUAUCUGUUCCAGUUGGCCGUUGAGAUGAAACAGCUCGGCGUCCCCUGGCUCAGCGACAUUCCAGUCACCGUACCUACUAGGAAAUAG